AUGUUUCCCGCUUUGCAUAAAAAGUUUAUCAUCUUCACCCCAUCACUUGCGUCAGCAUUCCCGCAACCCACCUCAACACUUGGCUCGACCGCCUCGUCAGCGACCCAGACUUCGGCCGCGCUGUCGCUGCCGGCCAGCCUGCAGGCUCUCGUUCCGCAAUGCGCAUGGGGCUGCUUCCAGUCCGUCUUGUUCGACGAGUGGCCUCUUGGUUGUGCGAGUUCAGGUGACCUGGGCUGUCUGUGCUCCCAGUAUAGCACCACCGGGCUCACGCUGGGGGAGGCGGCUUAUGGCUGCGCCUUCACCUCGUGUGCGUCAUCCGUCUCCGGCCUUGCAUCGACGUACGGCAUAUGCUCUGGCCAGGACGGGGCCGUGGCCGCCACCCACAGCACGUUGACGUUCACGGCUCACACCACGAGCACCGCCGACACCACUGCAUCGGCCGCAUCAUCGACUCCGCUCAGCUCCACUUCCCUCACGAAUACGACGACCGCUCGGAACUCAUCGGCCGCAUCGACCUCGUCGACCUCGUCGACCUCAUCGACCUCGUCGUCGCGCACUAGUAGCUCUCGAACGACGCUGGACACCUCUGCGUCGGCCGCGUCGACGACCUCCGCAGCCGCGUCAUCCACCACCCCCCAGUCCUCGGCUUCUUCCUCGGCCUCGGCCUCAGCCUCUGCGGCCGCAGCAGCGUCGUCGGGCAAUGGCAGUGGGCUGAGCACCCCCCAGGUCAUCGGCAUCUCCGUGGCCAGUGUGUCGGCAGUUGUCUUGGCAGCGGGCGUCCUGUUCUUGCUCGCUUGCCUACGCAAGCGGGACAGAAAGAAGGGGGAGGAAGCGAACGAGAAGCAGGGAAGGUCCAAGUUUGCGCUGACGCCGCCCUCGCACGACGAUGUUGUCAUGUCGCCGUCCGCCCUGGCGCAGUUCCCGUCCCCUCCGCGCAACCGCAGAGAUCCGCGCAAUGGGGCAGGCGUUGGCACUGGGGGAACGACCAUCCCCCAGGUGCGAAUCGUCGAUCCGUCGCCGCCGCGGCACCAGCGGGCCCCUACGCCGCUGGAGAACAUCGGGCUGGCCAUCACCGAAGACUCGCCCGUGGCAUCUCCUGCGAGCUUCUCGAGCAGCAGAACCGUAUCCCAGCUCCUGCCAGACAAACCGGAGCCGGUGCAUCCCCGCAAGCCCGAGGCUGUGCCCAAGUCGCCGGUGCCCACUUCGGCGCCUUUCAUCGAGAAGAGAAAGAAGCCGUCCCAGAGGGACAGCGGGAUGAGUCAGGGGACCCUGUUUGAGGAGGACACGGCGGUGCGCAAGCCCAUGUAUCCGGUACGAGCUGUGCAGGUUCCCCCGCGCCAAGACGCCCCGGCCAAGCUCCCGCCCGUCAGACCGUACAGGCCUCCGCCGAGCGGCGCCCCGGAUUCGUCGUUGUCUGUUGCGAUCCCGCCCCAGGAACGGCAAUAUCCUCGCCAGCCGACGCCCUCCCCUCCGCCGAUCCCGUCUCCGUUGAGGAUCGGAGCCGCGAGACCGCCCAAUGUAGCGAAGCCGCCGCUGCCGCUGUACCAGCUGCCGGCGACGCUGCCCGCGAUGCCUCCGCCAGGUCCACACAGCAGCAGCGCUUCGAGCGGCAGCACCAAGUUCACCGGUACCAACUCCACCGCCAGCUCAUCCUACAUCCCGGCCUACUACACCAGCCCGCCGACCAGCAUCAUGCAAACGCCGCCCGAGAGCUACGGGCACGCAACGAGCGAUGCCGGCGGCUUCAGCGGGCCGCAGCGGCCUCUAGACGCUGCCACUCCUCCCGCCGUCCUCGGCCACUCCUCGUCCUCGUCACGCCCGUCUCCACAACGGCAAGCUCAGACCAACCCAAUGGCCCCACCGCCCACGCAAACGCACACGCACCAGAUGCCUGUUUCCUCUGCUGUUGCCCCGAGCCGGGUGAUGCCGCCCCAGCCGGCACUCGCCCAUCUCUCCGGAGAAACGACUGGCCAGCAGGCUUCGGCGCCGCUGCAGGGCUCGCAUGCGAACCCAUCAGCCCUGCGUCAACCUUCCCCACCUCAACCACCUAUCGGCCAAUCCGUCCCUGCUGCAGCCGCUGUCAGUCGUCAUAAUCAACAGCAGGAACAAGAUCAUCACCAUCGUCGAGCAUCACCGCCGUUCUCCACACCCGCCAAUCAGCGCAGCGGCCCGCCUCCGUCAUCGACGCCGUUGUCGUCGUCGACCCGGCAACCUGCUGCUGCUGCUGCUGCUGCGACCCAGCAGGGCGGCCAAUACCGGCCGUACAAGCCUUGUUACGCCAGGCCCCCACUCCCGCCCCAACCCCAGAGUCCGCCUCGUCAAGCACCCCGCCAAACAGCACGUCCGCCGCUUGUCCAUGGACGGCCCCAGCGCUCCACGUCGAGUGCGUCGAUGACGUCUUUCGAGAGCGCAUCGCUGCCAGGCGACCCGAGCCCUCCGACCGAGGACGACGACGAUGCGGCCAAGCAGCUCGGCGCGGUGCUAGCACCGGCAGCAGCUGACAGCCACCACCGUCGUCAUCCUCACGCCGUCGUCGCGGCACCGUCGUCAUCGACGCUGCGGGUGAAGACCACACCGCCUCAGCAGCACGGUGACGACGCCAACAGCGUCGACGACAGGAGCCCCAUCUCGGACAUCAAGUACCCCAAGGUGCCUCGCGCCAGCAACCAGGCCGUCCCGAGGACGAGUCCGGCCGGGUCGCACCGAACGGGGACGCCCAGUCCGCGCGUGCAGCAGCAGCAGCAGCAGCAUGAUGCUGGUGGUGAUGGCAGUGCCGGCUCGCCCAAGGGCGGGCUGCAGGCGCGUCGCCGCGGCGAGGGAAACGGGUUGCUGAUUAUCGACAGCGGGGCGCCCAACGGCUCGCCCGGGAACAGUCGUCGCACCACUCCGACGAAGAAGACGACAGUCGGCGGCAGGAGCCCGCACACGCCGCAGGGACAGAUUAUCAAAGACGAUGGCGAUCAUCAGCAUGAUCCUGACCAAGCGCGGAAGAGCAGCGCGGCCUUGCCCAACCCCCAACAGCAGCAUGCGAACUGGCCCAGCUCCCAUGAAGGCGGCGGCCAGGGCGAUGUCGCGAUCAAGACGCCCAUGUGGGCGCCGAGGCUGACGCCGACGAGGCGUGGGGAUGACCUGUACCUUGCUGUGGCCUAUGCGAGCAAGGAGGGCAUCUCGGGAUGA